AUGGAUAGCUCUGACAGUUCCUGCCAGGAAUGGUGCAGCCAUGGACAAUACUUGUUGGAACUCGGACCCACGGACUUAAUGGAGCGCAAGGGCUCCCUAACCCUCCGCUCCCAUCACAAGAAAUACUCGAAGCCAGUAUUGGUGCAUUCCUGGCACCGUGACAGAGAAACUUAUCCCAAAGAUUAUGAUAUAGAGGGUCCUGAAGAAGUGAAAAAACUAUGUAAUUCAACAUAUCGUCGACUUGGAACCAGUGAACCCCUAACUUGGAUAUCAGAAACAUGUGAAAAAAUGGCACAAGUUUGUUUAAAUACAAAACUGGCCAAAAUAAAGAGUAAGGCUUUAUUGAAUGAGGAAACGAUGAACUCUGGAAUUAUUGAAAGGGACACUGGAUUGCCUGCCACAGGUUUUGGAGCUCUCUUUACUAGACACCCACCAGAUUGGCGCAAAAUGUGUACAUUGACAACAUAUGCUGAAGAAUAUGCUCCACCAUAUGAAUAUCAGCCACUUGGUGAUCCUUGUCAAGAUGAUGAUUAUUCAAUUGUCCACAGAAAAUGCCGUUCUCAGUUCACAGAUCUAGAUGGUUCCAAAAGAUUUGGCAUCAACACUUGGCAUGACGAGAGUGGGAUUUAUGCCAAUUCAUAUGUAAAACGAAAACUCUACCCAUUAACAGGUGGCCCUAUUGCUCCCUUUUGA